CACGAGCCCUCUUCUUCUUCUACCCUUCUGCCGAACCAAACCAGACAUGGAGUUCGCCGGAGCUUCGUCUGAGUUCGUCACCAGAGUUCUUCGCCCAUUGAUUUGUGAUUCGUCGCCGAACAAUCGAGGUGAGUGAUUUAUCUUUCGUUAAGGUUAAUUCAUAGAUUAGGAUUCGUUGAUAUAUCUUCAUUCAAUUGAUGCUGGAUUCGUGAGUAUGAUUGUGAUUCAAAUUGAGUGUGGAUAUGGGAUUUGUCGCUAUGCCCUUCGUUUUCCUUCUGUUCUUCGACUUUCUUCCCCGUGUCUAUGUUCCGCGACUUGUUGCUGCUGCCGCUUGCUACCGUUGAGGAUCGGUGCUCUGAAGUCUUGUCACUGGAAAACCGUCGCCGCCUACUUGUGUUGGCGGUGAUUUCCGCCGCUGCUUCUAUAGUUGCUGCACUGUUGCGAAAUUCCAGCCAAGGGACGAAGAGUCGGAGAGUGAAGUACGGACCACGAAUUGAUGUAUCGCUGUAGCACCAAGUAGGAAUUUGGAUUUUAGUUUUAGAAUUUCACAAUUCAGCCCUGAAAUCUAUAGGUUGUUUGCAAUUUGACCCAACUUUAUACUUUAGCGUUAAAAGCAUGUAAUGAUCAUAAAUUAAUCCAAAUUUGUAAAUGAUAAGUUGGUGAUUAGUAUAUGUUGGAUUGAAACUUUUAGAAAUCUAAUAGUACGAGGUGAAUCUGAGUUGAAUUGCAUAUUGAAAAUCACAAAUAGGAUUGAGAUUAGAAAUUAAGGUCAUGCGGGUGACGUCGUUCAUCCGAUGGUCUCGAGGGUUAAAAACGUGCGCACGGUGGUCAUUGACCCCUGGCGAGAGCCAGCGGGGGCCUCAACCCCCUCCAUUGCGAGAGCUUUGGAGUUAUGAGUGUGGGUUUGGGCGAGAGCCUGGAUUCUAUUACUCCCGUAAGUAUGAAUUGGAUUAUAUCUACCAGGCAGAUGGAGUAGGGAUGCAUAAAAACGAAACUGAAAUAUAAGGAUAAAUAGUGGUACAGUUGGAUAAUGAUAUUUGCUGGUUCAUCUGAUAUUGUUUGAUUAUAUAUUAAUGAGUGCUAGUCUAUGAGUUAGUUUUAGCGUUAGAUACUUCCACUCUCCCUAUUUUUACAGGUAGGGAUCAAGGAUUGGAUGAGGAGCAGCCUGGAGGACAGUGAAGCAUGACGCUGGUGGAUGACCGAAGCUGUUUUAUUUAAAUUUAGUAUAGUUGUUGAAUUUGUUUACCUAAAUUACUAGAAUGUUGAAUGUUGUUUUUUUAAGGCUUCCGCAACGUUUGAAUUAUUUACUCCGAUUAAACCAUGAUUUGUUCU